GCAGCAUGCUGCGGGAGAGGGAGUUCUUCGAGGACGAGAAGAACCGUUUGUGGGUGAGCGCGUCUGAGGGCAGUGAACAUGGCAAUGGGUUUGCUUGGGGUCAAUCCUGCCACACGCUGGCAUGGGUGUACUGGGUGGCCGGCUUGAGCCCAGAAAGCGUGUUCUGCAAGAUGGUGCGCUCAAAGUCCACGGGCGCUGACAUCUUUACCUCUGCGAUCAUUCAGUGCACCAAUGGAGCCACGAUCACCUGCGAGGGCCUCGCUGGGUUGCCGGGCGGCAACGCGGUGGCCGGCGCCCAGAAAGGCAAGCAGAUUGAGAACAAGAUCUUCGGGUCCAAAGGAUGCCUGCAGUACAGCGGGGACGAUGCCCUCGAAGGUUCCGGGCGCCUCGAGAUUCUGCUCCAGAAGCAGGGCUAUCCGGCAGAAGAUGCUGUUUCCGGCUGCGUUCUGCUCGUUCGGCUUGAUGCUGCUCACCCGUGGUUCUGCUCCCAGCGCAGGGACCGCCUUGUCAGUUAA